AUGCGGAAGCUAUUUCGACCAGGUAAAAAGCACGAUCUUGUAGAUCCGUCGCUGCCUGGACCAAUCGAAGCAGCAUUCCCGUCAGGCAUCAAGCAAUUUUACGAGAGCCCAGGCGCAAGUGAUGUUGACGUUGUUUUUAUCCAUGGUCUCGACGGAAACAGAGAGAAGACAUGGACGGCCAAGGGUGCGGACGAACCAUGGCCCAAAACGCUUCUACCUCUGGAGUUGCCUUCGGCGCGGAUUCUCACCUUUGGAUACGACGCGUAUGCGGCAAAAUGGGAGAAGGGAGGCUCUCAGAAUCGAAUACGGGAUCACGCAUGGAACCUCCUGACAGCUCUGGCGUCGUGCCGGGAGAGUGACGAUACAAAGAAACGUCCCAUCAUAUUCGUUUGUCAUAGCUUAGGGGGAUUAGUCUGCAAGGAUGCUCUGAUCGUAGCUCAAAUGCAAUCAGACUCCCAUAUACAUGAUAUUUAUGAGAGAACGCAUGCUAUUGCUUUUAUGGGUACUCCUCAUCAUGGAUCAGAACUUGCCAUCUGGGCUGACAGACUACUCAAAUCUGUCAACAUUGUCCAAAAGAGAAACACAGACAUUAUCGGGGUUCUGAAUGCAAACUCCGAGGUUCUUCAGCGUAUCCAAGAAGGAUUCUUUGCAACUAUUUGGGGAAAAGAAGAAGGCGUUUCGAGACAAAUACAGAUCACUUGCUUCCAUGAGGAGCUUCCCACAAGCAUCAAGGGUUUCAGCAAGAUCGUAGUAUCAAAAGAAUCAGCCUCUCUUCCCGGCUCAAUAAGAAUCGGGAUUCAUCGAGACCACACUCAGAUGACCAAAUUUUCAGAUCGGGAAGAUCCGGGCUUCAAAGCAACCUGUGGCGAGCUUCGUCGUUGGGCGAUGAGCACAAAGCCGCCAUACAUGAACGAGCAACGGGGAGAAUUCAAGAUACCUGUACGUCAGAAAGAGGGAAUGAAGACCUCCAAUCAAGCCAAAUUCGUUGUGCCGUAUCUGAAAAAUGAAAAGUUUGUUGGGCGCACAGAGAUCCUUGAUCAACUAAAAGCAAGACUCAGCUUCAGUGAAGAGAGCCAUGCUUCACAACGCCGAGUAUCGUUAUUCGGGCUCGGUGGCGUUGGUAAGACGCAAAUUGCCCUGGCCUUUAUUCACUGGAUCAAGGAAGCAAACCUGGAAGUAUCGGUCAUUUGGGUCCAUGCAAGCAACCCAGAACGCUUCCAGCAGAGCUUUUCCAGUAUCGCGGAAGAAUUUCAGAUACCGGGGCACGAAGACCCAAAGAGCAACGUCCUGGUCCUUGUCCGACAAUGGCUGGAGAAAAAGGAUUGUGGCAAAUGGCUUAUGGUUCUUGACAAUGCCGACGAUGCUGAGCUAUUUUUUGGGAAGUCAAGUCCUGCAGAAUCACAUCCACUGGAUGCGUCCACCAAUUUAGCCCAAUAUCUCCCAGAAUGCACGCAUGGGGCUCUCCUCAUAACGACGAGGAACAAGCAAAUCGGAGUAAAGAUAGCCUCUGGUGAUGGAUCUAGCAUGCUUCAAGUCAAGGAAAUGGAUGCAUCUGAAUCCGAAAGCUUGCUGAAAAGUAGCUUGGUUACUCUAGCUGCGAACGAAGAGGAAGUCAGAGCACUUUCCUCUCGGCUGGAGCAGCUCCCGUUAGCAUUGGCCCAAGCUGCAUCCUUCAUCUUAGAGUACAGUAUGAGUGUUACAGAAUACCUGGAACUUCUCUCGGAGGGUGAUAGCGCCUUCAUAGACCUUCUCAGUCAAGAAUUCGAGGCUGUUGCACGGGACAGGGAGAGGUCUCGGGCGGUAGCCAACACGUGGAUGAUAUCAUUCCAGCAGAUCAAGAAACAAAACCCGCUGGCAUCUGAGCUAUUGUCCAUGAUGAGCUUUUUGGACCGUCAAGACAUUACAAUUGAAACCCUGCAAGAAUACAAUCGCCAGCACGAAGAUGGCCCAAGGAGCAAUAUCGAAUUGAAGAGGUCAAUAGGAAUACUUAAGAACUUCAGCCUGGUAACCGAACAGAAAAAUGGCAGCCUGGAUAUGCAUCGACUGGUUCAAUUAGUCACACGAAGCUGGCUAGAUAAAACUGAAGCCAGCGACCGGUUCAGACGAAAAGCUCUUGUUUGCAUCUCAAACCUAUACCCCUUUGGGAAGUUCGAGAACCGAGAGGUGUGCAGGGCAUAUCUUGCCCAUGCUCUAGCUGUCCUAGAGCUGCAUGCAGCCAACAAAGAUGAAGAGGCAACAUCGAGAGCAAGUCUGUUGCAUUGUGUUGGCGGGUAUUUUUGGCAAGAGGGCCAGCACAGGCAUGCUGAGAAGAUGGUCCGAGAGGCCUUUGAAGUUCACAUGUCUAGUCUUGGAGAGACGCAUCCAGCCACUCUUCAAAGUAUGGGGAAUUUUGCAGCUACCUUAUACAGUCAAGGGCGGUACGAGGAGGCUGAGAAGCUCGGGAUUCAAAGCCUAGAGGCUUGGAAGAUAUCGCUUGGAGAGACUCAUCCGGAUACACUAUACAGUAUGGGAAACCUCGCAGCUACCUUCUACUGUCAAGGGCGAUACGAGGAGGCUGAGAAGCUCCAGAACCAAGCCCUAGAGGGUAGAAAGAAAUCCCUUGGAGAGACUCAUCCACAUACAUUAACUAGCAUGGCAAACCUCGCAGCUACCUUCUACUGUCAAGGGCGAUACGAGGAGGCUGAGAAGCUCGGGAUUCAAAGCCUAGAGGCUUGGAAGAUAUCGCUUGGAGAGACUCAUCCACAUACAUUAACUAGCAUGGCAAACCUCGCAGCUACCUUCUACAGUCAAGGGCGGUACGAGGAGGCUGAGAAGCUCGAGAUCCGAGUCCUAGAGGCUAGAAAGAUAUCGCUUGGAGAGACUCAUCCGGACAUACUAUGCAGUAUAGCAAGCCUCGCAGCUACCUUCCACAGUCAAGGGCGAUACAAAGAGGCUGAAAAGCUCGAGAACCAAGCCCUAAAGGGUAGAAAGAAAUCCCUUGGAGAGACUCAUCCACAUACAUUAACUAGCAUGGCAAACCUAGGCUAUACGCUGCAUGCCUUGGGACACCUGGACGCUGCUUUGGGCCUAAUGACAACGUGCCUUGAUAGUCGAAAGCGAGUGCUCGGUAAAGACCACCCCGAUACCUUAAGUUGUGUAAAAACGCUCAAAGAAUGGGGCAAUGGCACGGAAAAUUAG